AUGAUGGCUUGUUUUGGAUACAUGAACACCGUGGGAACAUAUCAGGCAUAUCUAGCCAUGAAUCAGCUGUCUAGCUACUCCGAAUCGACAAUAGGUUGGAUCUUCUCCGUGUACAUCUUUCUGUCAUUCGGAGCUGGCGUCCAAGUAGGGCCGUUCUUCGACAAACACGGUCCAUUCUGGUUGGUCGUUAUAGGAUCGAUUUGCUUGCUCCUGAGCAUUAUGCUCUUGGGAGUAUGCUCGCAGUAUUGGCAUUUCAUGCUGGUCUUUGGCGUGCUUGGAGGAAUCGGCACAGCCAUGAUCUUUACGCCGGCUGUAUCAUCAGUGGGACAUUGGUUUUUGCGUCGUAGAGCCAAUGCGACUGGAAUUGCAACAUGUGGCGGAGCACUUGGUGGAGUGAUCUUUCCGUUGAUGUUACAAGAUUUGUUCCCCAAGGUUGGCUGGGCUUGGGCCACGAGGAUCCAAGGAUUCAUCUUCAUUUUGCUGUUGCUUGUUGCCAUCCUGCUGCUUCGCGCACGCCUUCCACCGCGGCCAGGAGGAAGCGCCUGGCCAGACGUGAGCGUGUUCAAAGAUCUGCCCUUUGCACUGGUCACAGCAGGCGCAUACUUCCUCGAAUGGGGCCUUUUCAUCCCAGUGGCCUACCUCACUUCCUACGCGUUAGACACUGAUGGAGCCAUCUCGCCCACGUUCGCAUACCAACUCCUCGCCAUCUUCAACGCCGGUUCCUUUUUCGGUCGAUGGGUACCAGGAUACGUCGCGGAUAAGUUGGGUCGUUUCAACACACAAAUCGUCGCAGUUUUCCUUUGUGCCGCCUCGUCGCUUGCGCUGUGGCUUCCUGCUGCAGUAUACGCAACAAGCGAAAGUAGCUCCUCGCCUCAGACCAUUCUCGCUCUCACCAUCGUUUACGCUGCUUUGAUGGGCUUUGCCAGUGGCUCGAAUAUCAGCUUGACGCCGGUCUGCGUGGGUAUGCUGUGUCCGACUAAGGACUACGGACGCUACAUCGCCACGACGUACACCAUCGUCUCACUCGGAUGCCUCACAGGUCUGCCCAUCGCUGGAGCUUUGAUUUCAGCGACUGGAGGCUCGUAUUGGGCAGUUGCGCUCUUUACCGGUGGUUGCUAUAUCUGUGGCUUGUGCUGUUUCGUGGCAGUCAGAGUGAUGAAAGCUGGCUGGAAACUCGCAGUCAUCUAUUAG